GUUGAUGAUUUGGAAUGCCUCGAGAAACUUAGCUUCUGAAGUCCGGUAGAAGGUCGUAUUACCCUUUGCGUAUAAGUAUUUGGUGGCAUUCGAGACACCUGUGCCGCACAAUGCGUGCGUUGCCUGGCAAUGGCAACUUCUAGUAUUGAUCAAACAAUCGAUGGGGAACUACAAUCAUUUGCAUUUGGUAGGCGCGAAAAAAGGGAAGAAGGGAUCGGAUCGAAGCGAAUGCGUGCAUAGGCAGGCGAUAUAUAAUAAUUAAAGGGCUAUUUACAUACGCGUGGCGGUUUGUGGGGCCACGACUGAGGCUACUCCGAAAAUGAGCACGACACCAAAAUGGUACUGCCGCAACAAAUCGCAACCGAUGCACACGUUUGCGGAAAUCAACAAAUUGGGCCUGGAGCUGCGCCGCAUUACUAAGCGCAUUGUCAUCGAUGUCAAGGUGGAUAUAUUCAGCGAGCAUGAUAACAUACUGGAGGAGUGUGAGCGCAUUGUUGAGCUCUAUUGGAGUCUCAAGGACGAGACGAAAAAUGCAGACUUUCAGUCGCUCUCGAAGAAAAUCAAACGCAGUCCGUACAAUGCGCUGCUGAUGAAGAAGUUCAACAACAUUAUGGAGCUCAACGAUAGGCGCUUUUGCCAGCUGACCUUUGUCCUAAAGCGCACGUUGAGUUUCUUGCUGCGCAAAUCCAUGCAGUCGGAAAUGUGGCUCAAUUGGGCCCUACAUAUCACUCAACUGUAUAACAAGUGUCGCAAGGUCGAGUGUAAGUCGCCACCAGAGGUGAGUGCUCCUAUCGAGCCAGCGAACGAGGAGGAUGUGGAACUGUUGCUGCCAGAGCCAAAGUUCGCCGGCAAGAACAAAGAGGAAAUGCACGCCAAUGUGUGCAGCAACAUGUUUCCCGCACUCUUGCUCUCACUUAAGACCAUCGACUUCAGCUACGUUUUACAGCUUGUAGCCCAAACGCGCGUGGAGCAGAGUGCAUUGGACCUGGUCUUUGGAUUGUUCAAUAUGGGCGAACAGGACGCCUGGCGUGAUCAUCACAACGAUGAGUCCACUUCUUCAAGUCUCGAGAUAUUGCGCACCUUGAAUAUAUCCUUCGGAGCAAGCGCUGGUGCUGUUGGUGGCGAAUAUCAGCCAUAUUGUGAGUCCGCCCCGGACUAUAACGCCUUGCAUAUAUCAGGAGAAGAUGACAGAGAACAGGAUCAGCAAAGCUUGCGAUGCAAGCACACUGAGAGUUUCCUGCAAAAGGAGCGCGUGUUCAUCGCACAGCUCAUAACGAAGGCCGCGGACAUUUGCCCAACAAUUUUUGAGAUGGGCAAUCAAACUUCUGUCGACAUGCAUCUGUAUAUUGGGCGUGGUUUGAGACUGUUGUGGUCCUAUGUGGGUAUUAUUUUGGAUCACAUAUUACUCUGGUGGAUUGAUACUCCUGUCUCCUGCUACAGUCUAACCCACAUAGAUUCCAUACGCAGCUGGCUCUAUCAUCAAAGUGUUAAUGAUGUUCCCGAGCCUGUGUUUUCCACUUUGCGCGGCAUUGGCGAAAUCUUGACAGGUUUUGUUUGUAACAACAUAUGGGAUCAAUUGUUUCGCCUGACCCUGAUAUCGGCCAGUAAUUCCAAGCGCUUGGUCGAUCAAUUUGUUGAACAAUAUCGUGACUGCCCCAAAAAUGAUCAUGGUACUCCCACGGGGACUGUAUGGAUCAGCGUCUUCUCCAACUUGGUAAACCUGAGUAAUCAGUACUUUUCCAACACGGACACACACAACAAUUCCAGUUUACUGCCAGUGGCCGAACAAAUACCCAUAUUGCACAGACUGGACCAUUCCGUACACUCCAUGCGCUUGUGGGUAAAGGAGCAGGCCAAGCUCCUCUGCUGCGAGUGGAAAAUGGAUCACUUCUUUCAAAUACUGGAGCACGAUGUAAAGCUAUGCCUAAGAGUUUUUAUUACCUUUAAACUGCCCAAACUCACUGCCGAUCUGACCGACAUACUUAUGUUGGUCUGCGUUGCCCUGCGCACAAAACUGAUAGCCGAGGUUAAUGCCAACAUAGACAAACUAAAGAAAACCACCGAUGAGUGUGUUCUGAUAUUAUCUGCUGUCUGCCGGGAACUCAGCCUGGCCAACUUCACGCUCUGCUUUCCCGCCGCCAUUUACUGGCAGCGCAACGUCUACGACAACGAGGAGAAGAGUCUGUAUGUAGGCUAUGUGCUCGACCAGAUCUACUUGCCCACAAUAAAGGCCACUAAGGACAUUGUCAUACUGAAACUGAUACUCAAGCUGAUCUGUGAGGCGUGGCUGGACUUCAUCUUUCAGAAACGGAUACGGUUCAGUGUGAAUGGUGCCGUGCGCUUGCUCAACGACUUCGAUGAUGUGCGGGAGUGGAUUCUCAGCUGCACUCUGCUAGAUGAGGAGCAGCUGGAGAAGUUAAGCAACCACGAGGUGCUGCGCAUGUGCAAGGGCGUGGGAAAAAUAUUGCUACGCAAACCAGAGGACGUUAUUUCCAUAACGCAGUCCCCCAAGUUCGACAAGAAAUCUCGUAAGUUCCAAUUUUUGUCGUGUAGACGAGAGGUCCUACAUUCUAUGCUUUGCUUGAUAGAAGAUGCCUCAGCACAGGACACUCAACUUCCCUCGGAAAUGUUCGUGUCGAAUCAGAAGCAUUGGUUACAGCUGCGCGCCGGAGGUGGCAAUGGGUUUCCUUUAAUGAAGCUUUGCUGUGGUGAUGCUAUGAUUUAAGAAAAUUAUGUUUAUUGUGUCGCAAAAAUGCUUACAAAAAUGAAGGAGAAUAUCAUAGGUGUACGAA